GCCGAGACCGCCCUGCCGGAGAACACAGAUACGCGCGCCCAUGAUACUACACAAACUAGCAACAUCAGCGUAGACAUUAGGCACAGGCGCCUAGCGUAACGCACCAGGCGCGGGCGCACAAAUUCGUCUUCCUCCGAUCUCCGACAAAUUAUUCCUCCGUCUCUCCGAGGCAGAGGCCCGCCCAAAAGGUGCGCCUCCGCCACGCGCAAUCUCUCUCUCAUAAUUUCUCUCCGUCGGGACCUCGCCGUGCGUUCCGCCAGAUCCCCGCAAUCGAAACCGUCGCGGGAGAAAAAGGUGGUGGGCGGUGAUCUCGCCACCAAGAUCGGCCGAUGCAGCCGCCCAAAUGGAAGGUGGCCGUGGAGGGCGCCACAGGGAUCGGCGGCGGCGGUGGCGACCAGCGCCGGCGGUGCGUGGCGGCCUCGCUGUCCAUGCUGAUCGCGGCCACCCUGGCGUUCCUCGCCUACGUCGCCUUCUUCCCGGACGACGGCGCCGGCGGGGUCUACCGCUGGUGGAGCUGCCAGGACUGCCGCGGCGCCGCGCUGGGCGAGUUCCCGCCCGACGACGCCGCGCCGGCCGACGGGCCCACCGCCGCCGUCCGCCGCCACCACACGCCGACGACGCUCUCGCACAUCGUGUUUGGCAUCGGCGCCUCGGCGCGGACGUGGGACCAGCGCCGCGGCUACGCGGAGCUCUGGUGGCGGCCUCAAACCAUGCGCGGCCACGUCUGGCUCGACGAGCAGCCCGUGACCCCCUGGCCGUCCGCAACCUGCCCGCCCUACCGCGUCUCCCCCGACGCGUCCCGGUUCGGGAACCGCGCCUCCGCCUCCCGCAUGGCCAGGAUCGUGGCCGACUCCUUCCUCGCCAUCCACUCCGACCUGGCAAACGACACCGCCGCCACCCCUGAGGCGCGGUGGUUCGUGAUGGGCGACGACGACACGGUCUUCUUCCCGGAGAACCUGGUGGCCACGCUCCGCAAGUACGACCACGACGAGAUGUACUACGUCGGGGCGCCCUCCGAGAGCGUCGAGCAGAACGUCAUGCACUCCUACGGCAUGGCCUUCGGCGGCGGUGGCUUCGCGGUCAGCUACCCGGCCGCCGCCGAGCUCGCCGGGGCCAUGGACGGGUGCCUCGACCGAUACUCUCAGUUCUACGGCAGCGACCAGCGCGUGCAGGCAUGCCUCAGCGAGCUCGGCGUACCGCUCACCCGCGAGCCAGGGUUCCACCAGGUGGACAUCCGGGGCGACGCGUACGGGAUGCUGGCGGCCCACCCAGUGGCCCCACUGGUCUCGCUCCACCACCUCGACCACAUCGAGCCCAUCAGCCCGGCGGGCCGAACCCCGCUGGACGCGGUCCGGCCGCUGGUGCGCGCGUCAGGGUUCGACUCGGCCCGGCUCCUCCAGCAGGCCUUCGGGUACCAGCGCGGGCCGGGCUACGUCUGGUCCGUGUCCGUGGCCUGGGGCUACACGGUGCAGCUCUACCCGUGGGCCGUGGCCCCGCACGAGCUGGAGGUGCCGCUGCAGACGUUCAAGACCUGGCGGAGCUGGGCCAACGGGCCCUUCGUGUUCAACACGCGGCCCCUGAUGGGCACCGAGAGCCCCUGCUGGCGGCCCGCCAUGUUCUUCCUCAGCCGCGUCCGGAACGGGACCGCCGGCGGCACCGUGAGCGAGUACGUGAGGCGGCGCGCCGGGAAGGCUGAGAAGGAGUGCGACAAGGCCAGCUUCCGCGCCGCGUCCACGGUUCAUACUGUCAAGGUGUUCGCCCCCAAGAUGAGCCAGAACGAGUGGAGACGGGCGCCACGGCGGCAUUGCUGCAAGACGAAGAGGACCAGCUGGGGCUCCGUGCUGGAGGUGCGGAUACGGUAUUGCAGCCGAGGAGAGCUCACCACGCCGUGAUUAAGCUCUGCCUCUUGUCCUUCGCUACCGCCGCAGGCAGCAGGAUGCUACUAUUGAUGAUAAUAAUGGGAAUGGCAAAGGAGAAUAAUGCUCUCCGAGCUCACAGGGA